AUGGAGGAUACUCUGAAUAAUGAGGUAGAUCAAGUAAACUCCUCUCCAUUCACUAAUGAGAUCGAGCACGCAGCUCCCCCAAAACGAUUCUUAACACUGUCUUUCACACCAUUCAAACAGGAUUUCGAUCCCGAGAGCCAUCUGAAGCAUUUCAAAAGUGUCAUGAUUCUCUACAAGUCCGAGGAUGCGUUGAUGUGCAAGGUGUUUGCAAUGACCUCGUUUGGAGUAGCCCAAGAUUGGUUCCAUACUAUACCUUCCGGGUUGAUCAGGAGCUUCCGAGAGCUAGUGCUAGUCUUCACUAAAGAGUACACCUCCUAUAGGACAAUCAAGAAAAACCCUAACCAUCUGUUCAACCUGCACAAUAAGCACGAUGAGUCUCUCUGA